AUGGCAAGGGAUCUGUCACCUUACAGUGCGCGACUACUGUUGACUCGUCAAUUGGCUGAAGGCAACUCUGCUACACCGCAGCCAAGUCAACGCAGACAUGCAAGCCCUCCAGUGUCGCAGACUGCAUCUGAGCGACCAACAAAGGAGCCUGUGGCCAGCUUAGGCCGCCAUUCGAGAAGCAGAUCACGGGAUCAUAAGCCUAGAGAUGCUUCCAGGGAUCGCAAACCUCGCGACAGGAUAGCAGAAUCCGCUGUUAUCACAGGUGGACGGACAGUGUCGCCAGAGCCGUACAAAAAGUCACGCGACGCUUCCAGAGAGCGUAAACGCGGCCAUUCUAGGGAGCGGAGGCGCGAUCGGUCAAGAGACAGGCAUAGAGAUCGAUCACGAGAACGGCGUCGCGACAGGUCUGGGGAGAGGAGAAAGGACCGGUCGCGGGAGAGGCAACGCGACCGCUCAAGAGACAGCCGGCAGGAUCGUUCGAAAGAUAACCGGCGCAAAGAAAAGUCGAGAGAGCGACGACGCUCACGAUCGCCUAUACCCUACCGAUCGCGCAAGCAGCGCACUCGCUCCCCGUCUGCUUCGACAUCUCCUCCACCCAAACGUCGUCGAAGGACUCGAUCGCCUUCUCCACAUCACCGUACCAAAAAGGCUCUCCCAUCGCAGGAAAUUUCGUUUCGCGGCCUCGACGACUCUGCCCAGCCACCCACCAAGUAUGGAGGCGCACCGCCCGAGAAGGAGAAGCCCAAUUUCAAAACCACAGGCGCGCUUGCCAAAGCCGCAAACCGAGUCGAGGGAACCAAGAUCUCACUCAAGUACAACGAGCCCCCCGAAGCCCGCAAACCCCCGCCAUCGCAACCCUGGCGCAUCUUCGUGUUCAAGGGCGAAGAUGUCGUCGACACCAUUGAAAUAUGGCAGAAGAGUUGUUGGCUACUAGGUCGCUCGCACGAGGUGGUGGAUUACGUGCUCGAGCACCCAAGCUCCAGCGGACAACAUGCUGUUAUCCAGUUCCGCUACAUACAAAAGACCAUCGAGGAUGAGUUUGGCGUCAAAACCAAACGCGGUAAAGUCAAACCAUAUAUCAUCGAUCUCGAGAGCAGCAACGGCACGGAGUUGAAUGGGGAGCCCGUUGAGGCGAGUCGCUAUUUUGAACUCCGGGACAAGGAUAUCCUCAAGUUUGCUGGCAGUGAGCGCGAAUACGUGGUCAUGCUUCCACCACCAGAGGCUACGUAG